CCGCGCGCCGCACUUUUCGAUGCUGAACACGUGAAGAUUGGAAUCGCUUUGAUCUUCCAUUCAUCGGCUGACGGAGGGCGUCCGUUCUCACAGGCCAUGGCUGAAGGUCUCAGGAAUUUGAGGUCGAGCUGGAGUCCCCCUCCCUGAAGCAUGGCAGGCCCUCUGAACCUGCUGGCGGAGACGGAGAAGGCCCAGGCGCUGCUGCAGACCUUCAGCACCGCCUCCCUGGUUGCCGGUGCCGGUCUGGGCCUCUUCUGCCUGGUGGCCGAUCACGUGCUGCAGCUGCCCCUCCUCCUGCACCACCCCUGGCUGUGGGCAGCGCUGGACAAUGGAGCACAUGCCAUCGUGGGCUUCUGGUCAUGGGCCAUUGUCAUUGGCCUGAGAAAGAGGAGUGACUUCUAUGAAGUUGUCCUGGCCGGAUUCCUCGCGUCAGUUAUUGACCUGGACCAUCUCUACCUGGCCGGAUCUCUGUGGCCCAAGGAUGUCCGGGCACUGUCCCAGCGGCCGCCUCUCCACUGUUCCACGCUGAUCCCGGCCCUGUGCUUCGCGCUUCGACUCCUCAUGUGGGCCCUGCGGCUGAAGGACUCGUGGUGCUCGCUGCCCUGGCUGUUGUUCCUUUCGCUGGCAUCUCACCACGUGCGCGACGGGGCUCGGCACGGCCUGUGGGUGUGUCCCCUGGGCAACACCGCGCCCAUCUCCUAUUGGCUGCACGUCGUCAUGACGGCCACGCUGCCCCACCUCUGCUCUGUGCUCAUGUACCUGACCGGUACCAGGGACAUGAUUUCCACUAAGCACGGAGUCGCCAUAGACGUGUGAGUAGCCUCCGCAUUCCCAUAAUUCCCUGUUGCAAUAACUGGAACCGGGAGAUAAGAUUUCGCAAGACCGCAGACCUCUCGGUGCCCCCGUUUACCCAGAGCGCCACUUCUGCGCGAAUGGAGCCCUCCGCUUCCGGCGUCGCGCAGACCAGCGAGACUGUCCAGAACAAGGCCUCAGUCCGUACCCAGGCUGUCUGGGCUUCUCGUAAAUGAGGAUGUGCCAACCGGCAGCCCCACCCCUCCUCCUCCUC